AUGAGCUCCAUAGACUCCUCUGCAGGUGUAUUGAAGGACAAAGACGACGCUCUCGCAAAACAUGGCGUCCAUCUCAAGGAUAACGAGAUUUGCUGGAACAAAGAUGCAAGAGAUCAUCCUCGGAACUGGGGCGCGUUCACGAAAUGGUAUACGACCAUCGUGAUCUGUUGGCUUGAGCUAUAUAUGACAGGGAUUAGUUCAGCAGGCACAGGUGCUGCGGACAUUGCGCGCGAGGAGUUCCACAUGAGCAGAACACUUGCGUACUUUGCCUUCGUUACCAUCUAUCUUCUUGGACAGACUGUGGGCGGAAUCUUCCUGGCACCAGUCUCCGAGACCUUUGGGCGAAGAACUCUGUACAUCGUGGCGGCCGUCAUGUUCUGCAUCUUCUCAGCAAUUACCGCAGCCGUACCCUCUGUCGCCGGAGUCUACAUCGGACGAUGGUUCCAAGGCGUUGCCGCAGCCAUCCCUGCGACAGUCGCUUUUGGGAAUUUCCAGGACAUGUUCGAUGCGUGGGCCAGAAUCUCAGUCGUGUUCCUCUACACCUGGGCUGGAUUCGUCGGCCUUGCUAUGGGACCAGUAUAUUCAGCCUACGUGACGGAGCGUUGCGGAUGGAGAUGGGUCUUCUACAUCUCCACGAUAACUUCAGCUGUAUCUGCUGCUCUAUCCUUUGGCGUGAAGGAGAGCAAAGCUGAUCUGCUGUUACAAAAGAAAGUCAAAGCCAUUCAGAGGGAUACUGGAAGGACAGAUCUUUAUGCGCCAUCGACAGCACAUGGCUUUUCAUUCAAGCAAUUUGCGAGGGAGUCGCUGUUCCGCCCGCUGGUAUUUCUCACGCUCGAGCCGAUCGUGCUAUUCUGUGCUGCACUGUGCGCGAUAGCCUUCGGCUUACUGUAUGGACUCACAGCUGGCCUGACGGUCGCAUACACGAAUCCUCCUUUCGACGCCACUUUCAACGAGGUGUCUUCGUCGCUUUCGUUCGUCGCAAUCCUGAUCGGCAUCAUACUUGAUAUCAUACCGCGCUUUUACGACGACCAUGUUUACAAGAAAUGCCACCGGAAUAAAACUCGAAUCGUCCCGGAAACGAAAAUCAGAUCCUUUGCAGUUGCAUGCCCAGUGUUCGCUAUCGGUCUGUGGAUCUUUGGCUGGACUGUUCCUCCGCGGGUACCCAAUGUCCCCUGGCCAGUAUCAAUGAUUGGUCUCGUAUGCAUCGGCUUCGCCAGUACAGACUUCUCCUACGUCCUUUUCGGCUAUGUAACUGACUCUUAUGGCGACUACGCUGCGAGCGCAGUUUCUGCCCUCAGUACGACUCGGACUAUAGCUGCCGCGGUCUUUCCGCUUUUCGCACAUCAAAUGUUCGCCGGACUGGGCACCAACAUUGCUGUGACCAUAUUGGCUGCGGUGGCGACUGUGUUUGCGUUCACGCCCAUACUGUUCCUGAAGUACGGUCAGAUGCUGAGACAUAAAAGCAAAUCCGCAUUGGAUGACCAGGAUUGCUUGCUCGAGGAGAAUCAACAUCUUGACGAGAAUGAGAAACGCGGAAGCGAAAGUAGCGAGGACAGCAAGGCGAGUGCAUAA